AUGGUGACUUCAUUGAUCUAAUCUAAUCUAUCUUUUUAGCAUUAAGAACAAUUUGAACAGUGUGAUCCCAUAUAAAGUUAUACAAAUAAACAAAUAAUUAAAAAAAACUUUUCAUUUUUUGAUUCUAUUUUUAGUUAAUCCAUGUAAGUCCAAUUUGAUUACGAACGUACACAAUCACUCUCCUCAUAAAUAUGUACUUUUCGAUCUGAUUAGUUGCACUGGCUCAUCCUUUUGUUUGAUGUUACUAUUUUGAUAUAAUCUUACUUAAGUACGUUUAAUUUUGUAUACAAAUUUCCCAAUAAGUAACUUAAUCAAACUACUUUAGAUUUAUCAAAUCUGAUAAAUUAUUAAUUAAAUAAUUUAAAUUUUGUAUAUAUUAUGAUAUCUUAUGUUUAAUAAUCAAAUAUUUUUAGGAAGAAUGAAAAAUAAAAUUAAAGGUCAAUAAUAAAAUUUUGGGUCUCAAAAGUACAACUAAUACGAGAACUAAGGAUAUUAUUAUAAUUUUAUUCUUUAGAGUUCGAAGAAGAAAAUUAUAAAUUUGCAAAAAAUAAUAGACAAUUAAAGAAAUUUAAAUAGAUGAAUGUAAGUCAUUUGUCAAAUAAUUACAACAAUUAAAUGUGUGAACCAAAAAUGGAAUGUUAAGAAUUUUAGAAUUUCAAUCAAGGUUUUAGGAAAUCAAAGAUAACUUUAUUUUUUAUUCUAAAAUUUGUAAAAUAUCGAAAUAAUAAAUCUAAAAGAAAAUCCACAUGA